GGGUCGUCCACUACCCUUGAUGGCAAAGGAAAAAAAACUAGCCCACUCCCCCGGUCCGUUUCUCUCUCCCUCCGGCUGCUCGCAUCUCGCCAUUGCGGUUCCCCUCAAAAAAUAAAAAAUCUCGUCAAUGCGGAGGCAGCGGCAGCGAGCCAGCGACGGCGCCGGAGGGAUGACCCAACGGCGAGGACUACCUCUUUCGCGUGUGGAGUAUUACCCUUUCCUCUCUCGUGCGGCAACGACUCGGAGGCACCGUGGGGGAUGCAAGAUCUGGGCGAAGCUCGGCAGUGACAGCGAUCUUCUCCGGCGUCCCUCUCCACUGUCGGCGUGCAGGGGAAGAGGAAGCAGACCAAGAAAGGAAAGGAAAGAUAAAUGAGGAGCUCGGGUGAUGGAGGUAACGCUCGAGACGGACUCCUGGCGGUGGGAUCAAUUCAAGGAGGAGAUGAAGACCAUAUGGAUGACAUAGAAGAAGAGGAGAAAGCUCAAGGCUGCGGAGAAAGGAACAACAGCAAUCGAGGAAUUGGAAUUCUGCCAAGAAAUCUAGGAGCAGAAGAAGAUGUAUGCAAGGGACUUGGAGACGAGGCAAUGGUGCGCAGGCGAGAAAAUUAUGUUCUGAUUGGUUUUGAAGCUUUGGGAGCCUGCGACUGGCUCGACAGGUGGCAUCAGCAAGCGCCGGCCGGCCUCGGCACUGCUGUGGGUGGUUAUAUGGUGGGCGGAGCACACCAUUGGGAUUCGACAUCAGGUUGUUUGUUUCAGAAAUUCAUGUCCUGACUUCAAAUUUUGGUCGUAAGGUAAAUCCUGCCAACAAGUCGAUGCUAUGGGUUUACUAGUUCUCUUAAUAUUUCUAUGCAAAUUAUUGCCCCCUUCAUUUUAUUUGCAAGUAGCAGGGAACUCAAAGACAGAUGUGCAUUUUCUCACGCGCAUUCUACUCCCUAGAUUGUUUGGGGCUUUGGGCAAUACAGAAUGGAAGAAUUUGUUACUUUUGUAUAGGUUUGGAUAGAAUGGCAUAGUAUCAACAACUAAUUAAUCUUCUCUAAAAAAACAACUAAUUAAUCUUUUGUAGUUGAGAUCCUGCUCACAUCUCUCUUGACUUAUUAUCUUGUCCGCUAUCAUGCACCAUUAUUUGAUGAAUGAAAAUAUCACAGUAAAAUUUCGACAACACUAACUUUCCACAAAUCUACAGUUUCUGUAUAUCAAGGUUCUCUUCCCAUGACAGGAACAGAGUAGUCACAAGGAGCUGCAAUGAUGCGUGUACAUGUAACAGUUGUCCAAGCUCUGGAACUUUUUCAGAAAUCAUUGCUCAAACUGUAUGGUCAUCCAGAUGAGGAUGUUGCAAAGGCUAACUGGAAAUACAUCUUCGCAGAAACUUUACAGUCAUCCAGAUGUUGAUUUUGCAACCCCUAAUUGGAACUACAAAUGUCUGCAGAUAGGCCAGAACAGUGUCCAUCUCAAGAUCGAUGGGAGAGUGUUGCACUACAGAAAGAUAGUCUUGUCACUACAGAUAGAUAGUCUUGUCUGUAGAUAUUGAAUAUUUAGAUGCUACUUUCUCAAAUAGCUUACUGAAUUUAUUGUCUGUAUGAUUGUGUAUGACGAACUCAGAUCGUGUUUGUUCAUUGUAAACCGACCUAGUUAUGUAAUGAAAUUCAAGUGCUUUUUGGGUAGUUCUCAUGCAGCCCAGUGUAUCAAUGCAAUACUUAUGUCUUCACAACAACUCACAAGAAUAUUUUUGUGUGUGGUCUAGAGCUAAUGAGUUGAACA